AGAGGGGGCUCGGGGUGACACCGACUGGUCCAUCCUCUUUCUCGCUCCUCCUCAUCCUCUUCAUCCUCCAUGCUGGUGUUUGGUGACAGGAUUUCAGCGCAGACCUGCUGUGUGCUUUUUGGUGGGGGGGCUGAAUGGAGGAGUUAAUGGAGCUCCUGCAGGCAUUUUCUCCUCUUCAGGGAUCCCCACUGUAGAUACAGACAGGCCAGCCUCAAUUUGCUGUAAUUUCUCCCAGCGAAAGCCGACGUUUCUUCGCUGCCCGAGCGGCGAGCUUGACCUGAGGCGGCGAAAAGGCGCAUUUUUAUCCCCGGUGGACACAGGCGUAGCGGAGGUGAGCGGGACUACCUGUUUGCUUCCCCCGCGGGGUUGCGCGAGCGUGUGUCGCCCCGACUGAUAUUCGCUGAACGGCGCCGCCGGUGCUACAUACCUACUGACCUACUUUGUGUUAGUUGGGAGUGAAAGCGUUGAGGCGGCUGCGUUUUUAAAGAGAUGAAAGGUGUUGUGGACACAGCGGUGACCCCGCGGGGAGAGCUCCAGUGAAACAGUCAGAAGUCAAAAGGGAGGCGGCGGCGCGGAGGCAGCAGGGAUGGCCGCGUCUCAUCACCUGGACCCCGGGCUGCUGCUGCUGCUGCUGCUGCUGGCCUGCUGGCGAACACCGGCGAUGGUCGGUGGAACUGUGCCAGCGGCGCCCGUGAACGUCUCGGUGACCCAGCUGAGGGCGCACUCAGCCAUGGUGACCUGGAACGUCCCUCAGGGUGACACGGUCAUCGGCUACUCCAUCUCUCAGCAGAGGCAAGACGGCCUGAUGCAGCGCUCAAUCCGAGAGGUGAAUACGUCCAGCCGCUGGUGUGUCCUCUGGGACCUGGACGAAGACACACACUACAGCGUCCAGGUGCAGUCCGUCGGCCUGCAUGGAGACAGCCAACCCAGCCGGCCCGUCCACUUCAGGACCCUGGAGAAAACCGACCACUAUCCGGCCGGAGUCCUGGACCACCACGAACCAGCCAUGGAGGGUCUGGGGAUGACCCCUCACCUGCAGACCGGAGAGCUGCUCAUCAUCACCACCGUGCUGCUGCUGUGGGCCGCCGUCAUCGCCCUCUUCUGCCGGCAGUAUGACAUCAUCAAGGACAACGACUCCAACGGUACCAAGGAGAAGGCCAAGAGGCCGCUGGUGCAGGCCAGCUCCUCCUACUACAACGCCUCGGCGGGAAGCUCGCCCAUCUACCACAAUGGAGCUGUCCGCAACAGCAGGGAGGAGCCUCAGCGCGGCCGCUGUGAAGGGUUUCUGGAACCUGCUGCCGCAGCCGCGACUCCAAGCUGUUGUAAAAUAACGAGCGGGUUUGAGAGCGGGUCGGUGCUGCCCUCUGGUGGCAGAUUGUGACCAUUCCCCCUCCCAUCUUUCCAGCUCGUUCGCCUCAGAUUCCUCCAGUUCACCAGGACUGGCGCUGCCGUCGCUUCAUCAUUUAAAACAAGGACAAUCUUUAUCGAUCAUUUGAGUUCUUGUUUCAUCAUCAGUGAUUAAACGUUCAGCUUUCAUCAUGGUUUAAAUAUGUACAGAUGUCAAAAAAGGUGUGGGUGAUUAACUUUAAGUGUAAUCUUUGCAGUGGUGGUGAAUUUACACUGUAAAUAUUUCAGGAAUUGAUCAUUAAACUAAGUUCAGGUU